UUCACUUAUUUUGCCGUUAAUGUUAUUCCUCAGGGAAACCUAGAAAUAUAUUCUUCCAACUCUGAUAGAGUACCUUCAUCUUCCCUCCGCCGCCGUCUCCGCCGCGGAAUUGUAUAGCUGCGUAGCUUCUUUGUGAUAAACUGCCAUUGUUGUGGAGGUUCGUUAGCUGCAAUUCCUCUGGGAAAAUUUCACUCUUCUUCUAAGUUUCAGCACGGCAACUAAGAUCGAACGAAAUAGAACCGCAAGUGGAAGAGUAAGAAGCAUCAUCGUUAAGAAAAUCUAAGCAUAAGAGAAGGAAAAUCCCUAAUUGAAAAAUGGAGGUAGAGACAGAGACUAUGGUGGAGAAGAGGGAGAUAAUCAACAACGUGAUGUGCCUUUUGACAGACCCAGAUGGAACUCCUUUGGGCUCUCCUAUGUACCUACCUCAGAAUGCUGGCCCUCAACACCUCAAUCAGAUUGUUAAUAAGCUUCUAAACAAUGAAGAGAAGUUGCCGUAUGCUUUCUAUAUAUCAGAUGAGGAGCUCAUUGUGCCACUUGAAACAUACUUGCAGAAAAACAAAGUCUCGGUGGAGAAGGCUUUGCCUAUAGUUUGUCAACCUCAAGCUAUUUUCCGGAUUCGUCCUGUGAAUCGCUGUUCAGCAACUAUUUCUGGUCAUGCUGAAGCUGUACUUAGUGUUGCCUUCAGUCCUGAUGGACGACAACUGGCAAGUGGUUCUGGUGAUACCAGUGUUCGAUUUUGGGACUUGACCACUCAGACACCAUUGUACACUUGCAAAGGACACAAGAACUGGGUACUUUGUAUUGCAUGGUCACCGGAUGGAAAGUAUCUUGUAAGUGGGAGCAAGGCUGGAGAACUUAUUUGUUGGGACCCACAAACUGGAAAGUCAUUAGGCAAUCCACUAACUGGUCACAAGAAAUGGAUUACUGGUAUCUCUUGGGAACCUGUCCACCUGAAUGCUCCAUCCCGUCGCUUUGUAAGUGCCAGCAAAGAUGGGGAUGCUCGUAUAUGGGAUGUUUCUUUAAAGAAAUGUGUUAUGUGCCUUAGUGGCCACACACUUGCAAUAACAUGUGUAAAAUGGGGUGGAGAUGGUGUGAUUUAUACUGGUUCACAGGAUUGUACUAUCAAGGUCUGGGAAACCACACAAGGGAAACUAAUCCGUGAACUUAAGGGACAUGGGCAUUGGGUUAAUUCUUUGGCAUUAAGCACCGAGUAUGUUCUUCGCACAGGAGCUUUUGAUCAUACUGGAAAACAAUAUUCAUCUCCAGAGGAAAUGAAGAAGGUUGCUCUGGAAAGGUAUCAAGCAAUGAGAGGCAAUGCCCCUGAGAGAUUGGUCUCUGGAUCUGAUGAUUUUACUAUGUUCCUUUGGGAACCUUUCGUCAGCAAGCACCCCAAAACUCGCAUGACAGGUCAUCAGCAGCUUGUGAACCAUGUCUAUUUUUCACCUGAUGGGCUAUGGGUGGCAAGUGCUUCUUUUGAUAAAUCUGUGAAGUUAUGGAAUGGCACCACAGGGAAAUUUGUUGCUGCCUUUCGGGGCCAUGUCGGGCCUGUUUACCAGAUCAGCUGGUCUGCAGACAGUAGACUUCUUUUAAGUGGCAGCAGAGAUUCAACACUUAAGGUUUGGGAUAUUCGGACUCGUAAGUUGAAGCAAGAUCUUCCAGGCCAUUCUGAUGAAGUUUUUUCUGUUGAUUGGUCUCCCGACGGAGAGAAGGUAGCCUCUGGUGGUAAGGAUAAAGUGCUAAAGUUGUGGAUGGGCUAGGCUAAUUUUGGGAUGAAUGUUGGAAUCUAAAGUAAGUGUAAUCUAAUCUCAAUGGAGUCACGGAGAUUUCAUGGAAAUCAAUGGUUCAUAUUAUGCCAAUGCAAGGUCCUCUUUAAAUUAUAUGGACAACAUAUAAGUGUUCAUCAGAAAUAUUACUCCACAGCAAUUCAGGACUGGCCCUGGACGAAGUUGCUCAAAUUGAGUCUCAGAACAGUGGUGAAGAAGCUGAUUGAAAUUUUUGGAUGCCAAUCACAUACUUGUGAGAAUAUAUACCUACCAAGAUGUUUUAUUGUCUGAUUUGAAGCCUUUUGUUUUUGUCUUACCCUGACAUUGUUUCUCACAACAAUGGCCAUUUUGUGGUUGAAUUGUCAUUGUUGUCAUUAGUAUGAACUCAAUUUUUUGUGCAGUUUGAUGCAAAUGAAGUCUGAUAACAGGAGUGAAUGUGGAAGGACAAGUCUGAGGAUGGUUUUUUUGUUCACCUUGUCACUUUUGUAGUGUUUGAACUGAGUAUGCAACGAAGUUAAAAUUUUGUUCUUAUUUUAUAAAGCUAUGUGUUUAGACUGCUA